UGACGUGCUGGAUAAUUUUAGUCUUUCUAUGGAUUACGCUAGUUCAUGAAAACUCAUUGAAAUUGUUUCAAAAGUUGUCUCAAUUUUGAAAUGUUAAGGUCAUUCUCAAGGCCACCCACGUAGGUGCUCAUAAUGAUCCUUUAGGUUCUUGGCAGUUCGUUAUUGCUCUAGUCUUUUCAACAAUAAAAGUCCUGGAUAUUGGGGAUGAAGUCUAAGCUUUCAAAAUCAUGAUAAAUUUGUUGAGAAGAUUUUGAGUUGUUUGUACAUAUGGCCAAGCAUGGAUCAACAACAAAUGAUCGAUUCAUUGAAAAGUAAAAUAGACGAAAUUGAACUUUUGCUGUCAAUGUUUUCAGAAAAUGAGAUUAAACUAGGAGAUAAAGAAACCUAUCAAAAUAUCAAGUAUCAUGCAGAAUUGAAUGUUCUCCCUGAAAAAACAGAUAUAGAUUUUGUAAUUAAUCUUGAAAAUAAAGUAGAAUUAUCAGUUGUUCUACCUGAUGGAUAUCCAUCAUGGAAUUCAUGUUUUCCAGUUAAACCCUUAGUAACUCUACGUUUGUUAUCAUCAUCAUCAUCAUCAUCGUCAGAAUCUUCAAAUCAUGGAAUAAAUGUACGUGAAUUAUCUUCACGAUUCAACCAAUGGUUAGAUGAAACAGCCAACAGCGGUGAACCAGUAUUAGUAGCAUCUAUUGAUUGGCUUCAAAAUGAAUUUAUCAAUGGUACUUUUAUGCUAAAUGAAACUGUCGAUGCUAUACAAACCAACCAAAGUCUAUUGGAUAAUAAUAAUAAUGAUAAUAAUAAGCCAUGCAUAGCUUGUUUAUGGAUUAUUAGUCAUCAUAUUAGAAGUCCAAUUAAAAGACGUUUAAUUUUGGAAUGGUCCAAGGAAUUAGACUUAACUGGUUGUUGUAUGCCUGGUCGACCUGGUCUAAUAGUUGUUGAAGGUGAAGAAAGUAAGGCUGAUGAAUACUGGCGUAGAUUACGCAGUCUACAAUGGAAACAUAUACAACUUCGUGAGAAAGAAAUUCUCGGUACUGGAUUAUAUCAACAUCGUCGAUUUACAGAUGGAUUUCAUGAACUGGCACUAUCUCAACAGAGUUGGUUUCAAUGGUUAAAUCAGCAUAAGGUUACAUCAGAGGAAUACAAACGGAUUUUCGGCAUACCUGGACGAUUACCUACCUCAAAGUGAACGAACAAAACAGCACUGUCGUGAUCAUCACGAACAACAACAAUCGAAAUCGUAGUUGUUUUUUUCAACUAGACGAGCUGAGCUGUUCGUGUAUCUUUUUUUGUUGUUGUAGAUAUAUGUACAUACUUAAUGUCUGUUUGUCUGUUUUUGUCUUUCUUGAUAUAUGAAUACUUUUUAUUUCUGCUACAGUUUUUGGACCUUUGUCGUUCAGUGUUCGAAUGUUUGCUAAACGACACAAGUGGUCUGGGUGUUCAAUUCUCAGCCGACGCACUGCUAAACCUUGCCUAGUUAGUUUACUAGCCGAUUGUAAAGGGUAGCCUGAGGAAGGAGUAGAAGGUUGAUUGAAGAAGCCCCUUGGUGGAACACAAAAUCAAUUGAACUGAACACUCUUAUAACUUACGCGAUACUCAUUGGAGUGUAUUUUUGUGCCUCUGUCUUUCUUUCUCUAGUAUUUCUUUUUUGUAUAUCUAAGUGAAUUUUGUCUUAUUUAACAAAAGUGCUGACACAUUUUGUGAAAUUUGUACAAUAUUAACCGU